AUGGACGCCUCCGGCAGCAAGAGACAAGCUAAAUUCGCCUUCGUGACUGUUCAGCCGCGAGAUGCUGGCAAUGAAGGCGGACGCAGCAGGGCCGCGAGAUCCCACGCCGCAAGUGUAGGCUACCGCAAAUCGCAACAGGCCGCCAAAAGCAAGAUGAGACAUCGUGUAUCUUCACGCAGUGAUUUCCGUGCCGCAGAGAGCUUCUCCAGCGGCCCGGGCAACAGAUCGGCUUCUUCACAGCACCAGCACCAUCGAUCUGAUAGUGUCAGCAGCGUUGUCGAUGAGACCCAGUGUUCGCCCGAUGGAGAGGAACAUGUCUCGAGCGCGGUGGCCUUGCCGUUGGCGAAAUCGCUUUCCCCUGCUUACGGUGCUGGCGGUCUGUCGACAUUUGACUCGGUCAGCGAUACCUUGUCAGCAGGCACAGGCUCUCUCAUGGCCUCUGUGGUCUGGCCUGUGGUGGCCGGAGAUGCCAUCAGUCGACAGUGGUUCGAGGACUUCUGCACAUCACCUAUCGUGUUCCAUGCGCACUGCACCGCUGGGGACACCUACUUGGCCUAUCUCGAGAACGACUUGACCCACAUUAACAAUAAUCGCACGCUCGUACAUAAAUCCAAAGCCAUCAACCUCAUCCGACAAGGUAUUGAGCGAAUCGCGACAAUGAUUCGGCACGAACAGGAAAAGUUGAUCUUUGGGAUGCUCAUUCUUUCCAAUCACGAAGUUGAGCCUCGACAUCUGGAAGAACGGGCUCUCCCAUUUCGACCACAUUUGCCCUCUGCAAACUGGUUCAGGUGCUGGGGACGCACAGAUGCCAUUGAAGCACACGAGCGAACUGCGUUUUUCCUCAUCAAUCAACUUGGAGGUCUGAAAGCCUUGCAGAUGCCUGGACUGGCACCAAUGGCCGCUCUAGUAGACAUUUUCCGGCGAAGCUCAGCUGUGCACGACAUCCGUCCUGACUUUGACUGUUACUGGGAUCUUCAUGUGUCAGACCUCUUGCCGGACUACUACGAGUCAAUCAUUUCCAGUCCGCCCUCCGAAAGCUCGUUUACGUGCACUGCAGGUGCUGGAUUUUCUCGCCUUGCCAAUGUGCUCCCUGCGAAAGCCAUCACACUCUUCUCAGAUCUCCCUUGUUUGGACAUGUUCAUGUCACAGUGCCUGCGACGCUGCUCGACCAAUUCCAAAGAGCAGCGCUUUCUGGAUGUCCGUAAUGCGAUCAUCCAUCGAUUGCUGUCUUUGCCAUCAUGGGAUGACCUUCCGGCUUAUGAGCAAGACCGCACCAAUCGACUCCUAUACAAGAUCUGUUGCACGACCUGCUUAAUUUAUUCCAACGGUGCAAUGCUUCCGAUGCCGUCACACAAUGGCUGGAAUGCUCGUCUCACAGCUCAGAUCCGUAAGCUGCUAGAAAAGACAGAUAUGAGUUAUUGGCACAGCAGUGUGCAAAGCUUGUUGCUCUGGACAAUAUUGAUCUCGGGCAUGGCUGCCUACGAAACAGAGAAUCGGCUGUUCUUUGAGCACGCACUUGAGAGUUAUCUCUCCCAUCGGCCGUUGACGUAUGAACAGGCCAUUCUGGAGGUCAAGAACUUUAUCUGGUCGGAUAGCGUGUGUGAAAUUGGCUCACGGGAGCUAUGGAAGGCAAGCUUGCAGCAUUACGAUAGCCCUGUCGUCUAG